AUGAACACCUUCCAUCAAUUUGUUGACCCGACGACGUGUUAUGGUUCGGCGUACUGCAACUUCGUAGCACCGAAAAGUCACAAUCUGGUAGUGUCCAAAGGAACUGUGUUCCAACUGUUCGAAAUCGUCGAGCUGGAGAUACAGGACGGUGAUGACGAGCAGAGUGAAGAACAGAUGGAUCCGGUGCUGGGUGGGUCGGAGUCGUUUCUCGACGACGGCUUAUUCGGUGGCAUGAUCCAGGACCAACGUUACAAGCUUCUUUUGGUAGGAGAGUACAGAUUGAAUGGUGAAAUCAUCAGCAUACACCCAUUCAAGUCGAAUGAGAACGAGUCCCUUGACUACCUGAUUGUUUCCACUAAACAUGCCAAGUUGUCGCUCAUCAGAUGGGAUUCUCAGCUCCAUUCCAUCUCUACAGUCAGUUUGCAUUUCUACGAUACAGCAUUGGAUGCUUUGACGGUGGAUAAGUUAGCUAAAACCACUGUCCACCACAGAACAGAUCCCAACUCCCUGUGCACCUGUCUGCGACUCAACGAGCUGUUUACCUUCUUACCGUUUUACAGAGAAUUUUUGGACGAAGAGGAGACAAAGGAAGAUCAGGGUGAAGUGAAAGACGUCAAAAAGCGGAAAAAGCUCUUCAAUGAAAGUUUUGUCAUUAACGCUGCCACCCUCCAUGGCGACAUCAAAAAUAUCGUCGACUACCAGUUUUUGCAUUCUUAUAGAGACCCAACGGUGGCCAUUUUGUACGCGCCCGAAACGCUUUCGUGGGCUGGCCAUCUCCCCAAGGCAAAGGAUAAUAUGAAGGUGAUAGUUUUAUCAUUGGAUCUGGAAAAUAGAAAAGCUUCAACCAUCAUGGAGGUUACCAAUCUUCCAUACGAUCUCGACUAUAUUCAUCCUCUCCCAAGUCCUACAAACGGGUUUUUGUUGGUUGGGUCAAACGAAAUAAUUCAUGUCAACUCACUUGGAUCCACAAGAGGUGUCUACACUAACCAAUAUUUCCCAGACAUCUCCAACAUGAAGCUCAAAGACCACUCGGCACUCAAUCUGAUGCUGGAGAACUCGCGGGUGGAAUUGGUCAAAGACGAUCAAGCCCUGGUGAUCACCGAAGCAGGAGAGCUGUUUCAAUUGAACUUUGAAAAAAUCGGUGGUAAUUCCACAAUCACUGGCUUGCACAAAAUUGACACUAAAAACUACAAAGGCAUAACUGCAAACCAUCCAAUAAUGAUCACGCGUAUUCCAGAUUUAAAUCUGUUUUUCGUUUGCUGCCAAGGAGGUGACUCUUUGCUCGUUCGCAUAAGUAAUAAGAGUGGUAUCAGCAACGAUGCUCAAAAAUCAAAUGGAACCCAAAAGAAAUCCAAAGACGAUGACGAUUGGUUAUACGAUGACGACGAACAGAAGAAGGGCAACAGUUCAUUGAUAAGCUCCCAAUUCAGGGUGAUGGACUCCAUUUUGAACUGCGGUCCGCUGGUCGAUUUCACUCUUGGUCGGGUGUCCACUGAACCAAAGAUCAUGGGGCUUCCAAAUCCGAACUACAACGAAGACGUGAUUGUUGGAUCGUGUGGCAUUGGAGCAAACAGUUGCGCUUGCGUUUAUUCUCCAACCAUCAAGCCGGUUGUUAAAUCGACCCUAAAGUUUUCGAAUGUCGACAAGGUGUGGACUUUGGCGAACAAGAAUGGACAGACAAAAUAUUUGAUCACCACGGAUUUCACUAACUUCAAGACAGAGGUGUUCCAGGUGAACAAGAAUUACAAAAACUUGUAUUCGAAAGACUUCAACAACAAGCAGUACACGCUUCAGUUUGGAACAAUCCCUACAGAAUCCGAAAAUAAGAUCGUUCAGGUGACACCUUACAAAGUUACUAUAUUCUCGUUCAAAUUUGCCGAAGUGGUUGCGUUAGAAUACGAUUUCGAGAUCAACACCACCCUGAUCUACGGCAACUAUAUCAUUGUCAUCAUGAAGACGGGUGAGCUUGAUAUUUUGGAAUUCAAGGACGACAAACUCGAGAAGAUGGAUCUUCCAGCAUUGCUAAACUACCUGAUCUUCACUAACGGAUGGAUUUGCGAAUCGUCAUUGCUUAAUCAAACAGGAAAUGGGUCAGUCAAACGUGAUCAUGAGGGUGUUCCUGUUGAUCAGGAUGAUCCUUCUAAGACGGAAGUCUUAUUCUGGUUGGUGACCGCAGAUAACAGACUGCUUGUGUUCAAAAAAGACCACAAAGAGAAAGUUGUGGAGUUCACUGAUAUCCAUAAGUUCCCCGAGUACUUGACCCUGAAUAAGAUGGAUGUCAACUACGAAGCUGAUGUCGAUCCAAUUAUCAAACAAGUGAUGUACACGAAACUUGGCAAUGCGUCCAACUCAAAGGACUAUCUUGUCACACUAACAUUUGGUGGUGAGGUCUUGAUCUAUGAAACUUUUUUCGAUCCUGUGGAUAGCACUUACAAGCUGAUGAAGGUGAACGAGAUGUGUCAGUUCCCGAUUGUUGGAGCCCCAGACAAUUCUUAUGCACACGCGACCAAGAUUGAAAGGUACCUCAUUAAUGUCGACAAUUUCCAGGGAUACAAAGCAGUCUUGGUGACCGGUGCUAGUGCAUUUGUUAUCCUGAAAGAACACAACAGUUUACCAAGACUCUUGGAGUUCACGAAAAGAUCGUCCUUGUAUUUCUCAGAGUUCAACACAGAUAAGUGUCCAAAUGGAGUCAUUUCGAUUGAUGAAACCAAGGCAUGUCGUAUUUGUCAGCUAGACUCGGAUAACAACUUUUCAAAUCGUUUGCCGAUUACGAAACACAAAAUUGGUGACAAAACUAUCAACAAGAUCAGCUACCAUUCGAUUUCGGGAUCUUACGUUAUCUCCACCUUGGAAGAAGGGAAGUACAACCCUGUCGAUGAAGAUGGAGAGCCUUUGCCGGGGCUGAGAGAUGACAGAACUCCAAAGGCCACUACUCUAAGAGGUGUGGUUCACUUGGUGUCCCCUGCUAAUUGGUCGAUUAUUGAUACUGUUGAGCUGGAGGAGAAUGAGAUGGUCACAUCGAUUGAGGUCACAGAACUCAAGGUUUCGGAAACCAUUGCUACUAAAAAUGUGGUGAUCAUUGGAACUGCGAUCUGCAGAAACGAAGAUUUGGCAACACACGGUUCAUGGAAGAUUUUCGAGAUUAUUGAUAUCGUUCCUGAGCCAGGUAGACCCGAAGUCAAGAACAGACUCAAGUUGAUGACCUCAGAAACCGCAAGAGGUCCUGUGUUGUCGAUCUGCAGUGUUAGUGGCAGAUUUGCAAUUGUCCAAGGUCAACGUAUGUUGGUUCGUACGCUCCAGAAGGACGACAAUGUGGCCCCUGUCGCAUUUACCGACACGUCUAUAUACUCCAAAGAAGUGAAGACGUUCAAAAACAUGAUGUUGAUCGGUGACUCGUACCAGAGUGUUUCUCUGGUUGGAUUCGACGCUGUUCCUUACAGAAUGAUUCCUUUGGGAAAGGAUGAGCAAGAGGUGGACCUCAGAGCAGCUGACUUUUUGGUGCAUGACGGUAACUUGCACAUUUUGGUUGCUGACGAGUAUUCUAUUUUCCAUCUCCUGCAAUAUGAUCCUUACGAUGGAAGUUCGCUGAAGGGAUUGAAACUGUUGAGAAGAUCUGUUUUCCGGUCGAACUGCUACGCUACCAAGAUGAUUUCUGUUGCCAGAGACCGCUCGCUAUUCUCCAUGAUUGACACUUUGACUAACACUUCCGACCUGGGCUACGAAAUCAUCGGUAGUAACAUGGAUGGAUCGUUCUUCAAGGUGAUUCCCGUUAACGAGUACCAGUACAGACGACUGUACUCGAUUCAGAACUACCUUUACGAAAAAGAACUGCAUUGGCUAGGACUUAAUCCAAAGUCAAACGCAAUAGGAGGACUUUCGGAGUUGAUGCCGUCAAUUAAACGUCCAUUUAUCGAACUGAACAUGUUUCAUCGUUUCGUCAACCUGAACGAUGACAAGAAGCGCCAAGUGAUGCAAAAGCUUGGUAAGAACUCGUACGUCGAGGUGUACAAGGAUAUAAUUUCGUUACAAUAG